AUGUCAGGCGUUGGACUUGUAAAUGGCGUUCGGGUCACUCCCGAUGACCCUAGCCGAGUAGUAACUGUACAGGCUCAAUCAGGGAAAACUGGUAAAGAGAUGAGCAUCUCUUAUACCAAUUGCAAAGUAGUAGGAAACGGUAGUUUUGGUGUCGUUUUCGCUGCAAAGAUGCUGCCUGUGAAACUUGACGAUGGAGCAGAGGAGCCUGAAUCAGAAAUUGCUAUUAAGAAGGUAUUGCAAGACAAGCGAUUCAAGAACCGAGAACUACAGAUCAUGCGACUCGUCGCUCAUCCCAAUGUUGUCGACUUGAAAGCAUUCUUCUAUUCAAAUGGUGACAAGAAAGAUGAAGUUUAUCUCAACCUAGUCCUUGAAUUUGUGCCCGAGACGGUAUACAGAGCUUCGCGACAUUACGCCAAGCUUAAACAAGCUAUGCCAAUGUUACAGAUCAAGUUGUACAUGUAUCAGCUUCUUAGAUCGCUAGCAUACAUUCAUUCUGUAGGAAUUUGUCAUCGAGAUAUCAAGCCCCAAAACCUAUUGCUCAAUCCAGCUACAGGUAUACUCAAACUAUGUGAUUUCGGUUCAGCCAAAAUCUUGAUUGCAGGAGAACCAAACGUUUCAUACAUCUGUUCAAGAUAUUAUCGUGCACCAGAAUUAAUCUUUGGUGCAACAAAUUAUACCACAAACAUCGACAUUUGGUCCACAGGUUGUGUGAUGGCCGAAUUAAUGCUUGGUCAACCUCUGUUCCCAGGUGAAUCAGGUAUCGAUCAAUUAGUUGAAAUCAUCAAAGUUUUAGGUACACCCACAAGGGAACAAAUCAAAACUAUGAAUCCUAAUUACAUGGAACACAAAUUCCCUCAAAUCAAACCUCAUCCAUUCACCAAAGUCUUCCGACCUCGAACUCCUCAAGAUGCCAUUGCAUUAAUCAGUACUCUGCUCGAAUAUACCCCAACGGCAAGAUUGACUGCUCCUGAAUCUUUGGUUCAUCCCUUCUUUGAUGAGUUGAGAGUGGAAGGUGCUAGAUUACCUAAUGGAAAGGAAAUGCCUGCUCUGUUUGACUUUACCAGGGAAGAACUAUCCACCCGUCCUGACCUCAUCAGACAGCUCGUACCUCCACAUGCUGAACCUGCGCUUCAUGAGCAAGGUAUCGAUGUCGAAGGUUUUGUUCCUAUCCCAUUGGAACAAAUGCGCAUCUCCCUCGAUGUGAGUUGA